AUGCCCGGCUUCAUUCUGUGGCCCUUUCGACGCCAAAACUCCCGCACAACUCAGGACGCAAACGAGGCACACACUCGCCCGAUGGUUCAAACACCCCAACCCGCGCCAUCGGAGGAAGCGCCUCCAAAGUAUACCACCAUCGCCACAAAUCUUGCUAAGUUGUCCAUCUCGGAACUGCCCUCAGGAGACAAAGCUCGCCAAGCGCUACACGAGGUGGAAUGGCGUGGGCCAGCUGAGGGUGCAAAGCCACUAUGCGCAAGCGUGCGGUUAGAUCGCUGCAUCAUAGAGAUUAUCGCCUUGACAUUCCACGCCGACUUCGAUGCGCUCAACGACGCUUUGCACGGCGACAACGGAGUAGCCAACGCGAAGAGGUGGAUGGAUGCCGAGUGCCCUAUACCUGCCAAAAACAAGGAAUACCUAUUUGAUGCUCUCAUCAAACCUGGCGCCGACAAGUGGUGCUUUGCAGAUUUCACGUUGGAUCUGUUCGAUUGGUAUGGCGGGACCUUGUCUUAUCCGGUGCCAUGGGGUCAGACUAUUCCAGGCAUCUUUGCCAUCAACGACGAUACCCGUUUACACUUGCAGAAGUCCGAACCAUGUGAAACUACCGACUGGGCUGUGGAUCAGAAGCCCAAGCAGUCGAUGGAAGCAUUCCUACAAGCCAUUCACGAGUGUAGUCCUAAUAAGAAGGUGCAAAUUGUGCUUGAGCAGGCAUUCGAGGAAUACCGAUCACGGUUUGCGUAUGGUGCCGUGAAGAAGUCGGUGACAUAUUGGCCAAUCAGGAAAGGCUACACUAAACUCUUGGAAUUGAUUGAAGCAGAAAAGAAGAGGCCAGGGAGAACUGAACGAUGCAGUAAAUGGCGAUGCUUUUGUGCACAGAAUGAGUCAUGCUAA